GCACUGUUUGCCAAAUGCCGAAUUAAAAACAAAACAUAAAAAAUGGCAAAUCGCACAGUGAAAGAGGCGAAAAACGUGCAUGGAACGAAUCCGCAAUAUCUGAUUGAGAAGAUCAUUCGCUCUCGCAUCUAUGACUCCAAAUACUGGAAGGAACAGUGCUUCGCCCUCACCGCCGAGCUGCUCGUGGACAAGGCGAUGGAGCUGCGUUUUGUCGGCGGCGUCUACGGCGGAAAUAUUCGACCGACACAAUUUCUGUGUCUCACAUUGAAGAUGCUGCAGAUUCAGCCGGAGAAGGACAUUGUGGUGGAGUUCAUCAAGAACGAGGAGUUCAAGUAUGUGCGUGCGUUGGGAGCAUUCUAUUUGAGACUCACUGGAGCUGCCAUCGAUUGCUAUAAAUAUCUGGAACCGCUCUAUAUAGACAAUCGCAAGUUGCGUCGCCAGAAUCGGGCGGGACAGUUCGAGAUCGUCUAUAUGGAUGAGUAUAUAGAUGAAUUGUUGCGCAAUGAUCGUGUGUGCGAUAUCAUUUUACCGCGCAUACAAAAACGCGCUAUUCUGGAGGAAAAUAACGAGCUGGAGCCGAAAGUGUCGGUGCUUGACGAAGAUCUGGACGAUGAGGUGCCCAGCGAGGAUGAAGCUAAGGAUGCGGAAGACCAGGACUCCAAUCGCCAGAAGAACAACUCAACGGGGGCAGUGAGAAGACCACGACGCGGACGCUCCAAGUCCAAGUCACAUAGUCGAGAGCGGGACAGAGAUCGACGCACUGCAGCCAGUGGUAAUGCACGCUCCCGGGAUUACUAUGAUGACCUGGAGGAGUACGACAGACAGCGGAAUCGGGUGCGCAACAGGGACACCCAAAAUCACAGCAAUAACUAUAAUGAUGAACACGAUCGACGGCAAUCUGGACGCAAUGAGAACCGACAGGAACGAGAACGCGAUCGACGUGAUCGGGAACGGGAUCGUGAAAGGGAACGGGAACGUGAGCGACAUGGUGACAGAGAGCGUGAACGAGAACGUGAGCGGGAAAAGGAACGGGAACGAGAUCGUGGCAGCCGCUAUGAGAACCGGGAGCGAGAUUCACGCUCUGAGCGUGAACGCCGACGUUACUAAAA